AUGCUGGAAAGCCUCUGCAUCGAUUUAAUAAACGAGCUGUUCGUAACCAAACAUAAGUUUCUCCUGGCGAUGAAGCUGAACAGCAUGCUGAAUGCAAAAUGCCGGAGUUAUAAAAAGGACCAAGUUGAGAGGGAUGGCCAUGAGGGGGAGUCCCCAUCACCUGCAGGAAGUUCCCCGAUGCUUCAUACACAGGGGAAAUACAACUACGCCAAUUUUUUCGAUUUAAAAAGGAAAGAAAUGAGGGGAAAAAAAAAAAAAAAAAAAAAUUUCAAAAGGUUAAGAAAAUGUGUAGGAGAUUUAAAGGGGCCCCCUGGAGUGGAUUGUCUGGAAGGAGAAACGGACCAGCCGCCUACCUGCGAAGCGGCGUGCCUGAUGAGCACCAGUCAGGGGGACGCCCCCCACGAGUGUGCACCACCGCUACCAACCCUGCGUAGUAUGCAAACCUCUUUGGGAAGAAAAACCCUUCUGUUUCGCCUAAAGGAAAGGUGCAUUUUAAAAAGAAGGAAAAACUCCCCUUGUGCAGAAGACGGGGUGAAGAGAAAUGCCCCAAUGACUAGUCCCCCACUCGAAAAAUCACGAAGCGAACAGAGAGCUGACCAUCAGGUGAGGAUGCUAACUGACGAAUUGAGCGACUACAUCUGCAAAGACUUUUACCCAUUUCUGCCGCUGUACAAUUUUGAAGAAGAACCCUUGCCCCCCAACAGAAACAGGUUGAUACAUCCCCUCAUCAGUAAAGAACAAAUUAAGAGCCUUUCAAAAAAUAAAAAGAAAAUGGGAGGGACACUGCGAGGGGGAUACAGCAGAGGAGCUAUUCUUUCGUCGAAAAAGUUAAAUGCACACUAUGUGAAAUUUCUGGCCAAGUUUCGCCUGCUCAUUAAACGGGUUAGGCAGCGAAACGUUGGGGGGGAUCCCACUGGGGGAGACCCAACUCAGGGGGAUGAUCCCAAAUACACCAUCUUAAAGACCCUUUUGUACUUAAAAGGGGGCUCUGUCAGUAGCACGACCAGUCGCGCGUCUAGCGGGGGGGAAGUGACCAGGGGGACCAAACAGAGAAAGGAUCAUCACAGAGAUUUACUACACUUGGAUGGGCGAAGCGAGGGAGAUCUCUACGAGGUGUACAGAGCCAUUUCUGCAAUUCGCUUUUUGAGGGAAAGCCUGCAUAUCCUCCGGAUGGACGUCGUGUACGUUUUUGUCUUUUUCACGUCCUACGUGAACGGCCUCUUGGCGAGGUUGCAGAGGGGGGGAAGUGGCAAAGCGGUGAGGUGAGGUGAAGCGGUGAGGAGGUGAAGCGGUGAGGAGGUGAAGCGGUGAGGAGGUGAAGUGAUGAAGCUGCUACCCUUCUUUGUGCCCCAAACUGGAUUAUUUCACCCCCCUGUGCCAACACAAAACCGCUGCAACAGAUGCAACAGAUGCAACAGAUGCAACAACUGUAGCAGCUGCGUCGGCUGGCCUGCCCAUUUCGCGCUCCCCCCGUUGACGCUGCAGUGCGCACCCCUUUGGGGAGUAUGCCCUAGUUGGUUUCCCCUCCCGGUGGUUAAUUUUUGCGAAAAAGGUGAAGUAGUUAUUGAGACAGCGUGCAAAUAGGCAGGCUGACGACACGUCUUUGGUUUUGCCUCCCCUUCGUGCGGACACACGCGCGAGGGGUGGGUCUCGCCCGCUUU